AUGAUAGAAACAUACAGCCAACCUUCUCCCAGAUCUGUGGCUACUGGGCUUCCAGCGAGCAUGAAGAUUUUUAUGUAUUUACUUACUGCUUUUCUUAUCACCCAGAUGAUUGGGUCGGUGCUUUUUGCUGUGUAUCUUCAUAGAAGAUUGGAUAAGGUAGAGGAGGAAGCAAGCCUUCACGAGGAUUUUGUAUUCGUAAAAAAGCUAAAGAGGUGCAACAAAGGAGAAGGGUCCUUAUCCUUGCUCAACUGUGAGGAGAUGAGAAGGCAAUUUGAAGACCUUGUCAAGGAUAUAACGUUAAACAAAGAAGAGAAAAAAGAAAAGAGCUUUGAAAUGCAAAGAGGUGAUGAGGAUCCUCAAAUUGCAGCACAUGUUGUAAGUGAGGCCAACAGUAACGCAGCAUCUGUUCUUCAGUGGGCGAAGAAAGGAUAUUAUACCAUGAAAAGCAACUUGGUAGUGCUGGAAAAUGGGAGACAGCUGACGGUUAAAAGAGAAGGACUCUAUUAUGUCUACACCCAAGUCACCUUCUGCUCUAAUCGGGAACCUUUGAGUCAACGUCCAUUCAUCGUCAGCCUCUGGUUGAAGCCUAGCAGUGGGUCGGAGAGAAUCUUACUCAGGGCAGCGAAUACCCACAGUUCCUCCAAGCUUUGUGAGCAACAGUCCAUUCACUUGGGCGGAGUAUUUGAAUUACAAGCAGGUGCUUCUGUGUUUGUCAACGUGACUGAAGCAAGCCAAGUGAUCCACGGAAUUGGCUUCUCAUCUUUUGGCUUACUCAAACUCUGA